AAUCCAACAACACCCCCUAAUAUUUAUAAAUCCUCCUGAUUUCCCAACGUGCUGAUAUUCGAAUUAUAUAACCACCCUCGCAGCGUUCAUAGAAGAAUAAAAAGAAGCAAACAAUUAAUGGAAGAAAACUACAUGGGAGUUGUCCUCUACACUAUUUUCUCUCUCAUCUUCUUGAUAAUCUAUCUCAAGUUCUUGAAACAAAAGAAACAGAAUCUUCCCCCCUCUCCACCGGGAUGGUUGCCCGUAAUAGGCCACCUACGCCUCCUGAAGCCGCCCAUCCACCGCACCCUCCGCUCCUUCUCCGAGUCCCUCGACCGCAACGGCGGUGGCGGCGUGAUGUCCCUCCGACUUGGCUCCCGUCUAGUCUACGUGGUGUCAUCAUAUGCGGUUGCGGCCGAGGAGUGCUUUGGCAAGAACGACGUCGUCCUGGCAAACCGGCCUCAUGUUAUCAUCGGGAAACACGUUGGUACAACAACACAAACAUGAUCGGCGCACCUUAUGGUGAUCACUGGCGCAACCUCCGUCGCCUCUGCACCAUUGAGAUCUUCUCCACCCACCGCCUUAACUGCCUUCUUUAUGUCCGUACCGAUGAAGUACGCCGCCUCAUAAGCCGCCUCUUCCGUUCAGCAGGAACUGGAAAUACUGUGGUGGAGAUGAAAGCAAUGCUUAUGGCAGGCCGUCUCUACCCCAUGGCAGAGUAGGCAAAUGCCAUGGGUCCAUCCCAAAUAUUAAAAAAAUUCUUUAAGCAAAAGGGUUCAAUUUUUUCAAAAAAAAAAUUAUUAAAGGUUUUUAGGUUUUUUAAAAAUUUGACAGAGGUCCCAUAUUUGUUUAAGACGGGGCUAGCUUAUGGACUUGACAUUCAACAACAUAAUGAGAAUGAUGACAGGGAAACGAUACUACGGGGAAGAAACAAACGAUGAGGAAGAAGCCAAACGUGUUCGUAAGUUGGUCGCAGCAACGGCGCCAAAAUUUGAUAUGCUCAAAUUAACCCUAGAGCUACUCUCUCAAACAAGAGAUCAAUGUAGUAC